AUGCGUUUACCAAAGGGCGAAGGAAACGCCGAUGUUGAUCGGGGGGCCUUGCAAACGUCUCCCCUGGACGCCCAGCCAGCAUGGCCAGGUGACCCACGGGUGAACGAGGUCGAUUCAGGAAAACAGCAGUCCUCCUCUCUCGUUUCGUCCACCGUCGACCAAGUUAGAUGGCCAGAUAUCAACGCGACCGUGCUCGAGUUCCUGGCGUUUCUGCGCCAGUGCACGCCGCGCGAGAUCGAAACCUGCGGCAUCAUUCUCGAGCGCGAAAAGUUUGGCGCUCGCGACGUGAUCAAGUUCGGCCUCAUCAGCAUGGGCUGCGCCAUGGACCCAAUCCUGUUUGACAUGGCCCGGACGAUGCCCUUCAGGCCCUGGCUCGAGCUGCUGAGGAUAACGGUCGGAUCUGACGUUGAUUUCCGUCGCGCCUACUGGUCGGGGCUCAAGCUGCUUUCUACCUUCUCUGUGCCCGACGUUCUCUUACCAACCUACACCAUCACCCACUGCCCUGAUCCAGCCUCUCCCUCGGCCUCCUCCGUCGCCUCCAUUUCCGUUGAACCGCGAAUCCCCUGUCCGGCCCUCAGCCUCUCGGUAAACAUCUCCAUGACCAGGAUCACCGCCCCCUCCGCCAUGAGGGCCAACGCCGCGCAGCUUUCCGUCGACGGGUCCCUCCUGCUCGACGACGAGAGUAUCUCCCCGCUCUACGGCGCCGACCCGGCCGGCCUCCCAGCGCACCUGUCCCUCGACCUGCGGCCCACGCCCGCGCAGCUCGCCGUGCCGCACCACCCCUGCUUCGACCUCGUGCCGUGGCCCGAGUUCCGCGAGCUGGCCUUGCGCGCCAUCGCCGGGACCCCUCCUGCUUUCGACGAGGAGGACCUGUGCCUGGACGUCCUCAACGACGGGCUCAUCUGCUGGGGCGGCACGGCCGCCGGCGGCGCGUCGUCUCUCCACGGCCGCGGGCAGGGCAGCCCCUGGGAUGGUCGUAGCUGGGAGGCCGCGCCGUGGUUCCUCGAGAAGUACGCAUCCCUGACCGGCGGCCCCCGCGGGGAGAUGUGCAGGAAUAGCGAGUGGUGGCGUGGGAUUCGCGGAGAAGAGAUUCUAUAA